CUCAAGAAUGAAUCUUAGAAACUAUUUGAUGUGGAUUAUUAUAUUUGGACUGAUUAUGAUUUGCAAAACUACAUCAGAAGAUACACAAGAAUAUGAAGCAGAUGAUAUAAACGCAUAUUUAGAUGAAGACGCAAAUGUAGAUGAUGAAGACGCAUACAUAGAUUAUCCUGAAUCAGAAAAAACUGUGGAGACAUUUACAAUUCAGCCUACAAUUCAGUGGACAAGUGCUAGGAAUGAAACUGAGAAUGAUAAGCAAUAUGAUAUUCCAGUAAUUGUUACAGGGUGUAUUCUGGUAAUUCCUGUGCUUGGAGCUAUUGCAUGGUUAGUGUAUGCAAAAAUUAUAAAGAAGAAGAAACCAGUUAAUGAUGUUGAAAACCCAAUAGAGACAGCACAGCCAGAGAAAGAUUCUCCAAUACUUGAAAGCUCUGAUAGUUUUUUCAGGCGUCUGUAUAAAAAAAUUAAGGCGAAGAUAACAAAGAAGAAACCAGUUACUGACGUGGAGAACCCGCCAGAAAUAUCUCCAUCCAAGCAAAAAUUAAUAGAAGCUAAAAGGCCUGUGUUUAAAAAACCUAAGAAAAAGAAAAAGAAGAAAACAGUCGCUGACGGGGAGAAGCCACUAAUGACCAUUCAGCCUCAGCAAAUAACAGCCACAGAUGAAAGCCCUGUUAGGUUGGUAACCCUUAGUUCUCUAUAAUCCUUUCCUUAAGC